AUGCAUGCCGCGGACAUGGACCUACUGCGCACCAAAAUGCAAGCAGUGACAGCUCACACACAAGUCUCAGAGGAGGACAUCCUAGACAUGAGACAGGAGGUAACAGGCUUAAAGGUAACGUUCCAACAGCUACUGACAUCCCACUCUACCUUGACAUCUAGAGUAGAUCUGGCUGAAGAGCGUAACAGACGCACCAAUCUUAAGCUAAGGGGCAUCCCUGACUCCAUCAACACAACCGAACUGCCCCACUACCUCCGCCUCCUCACUAACACGCUUCUCCCACACACUCAGGCGAAGAAAAUUGCAUUUGAUAGAUUCUUUCGAAUCAAGAAGCCCAGGCAGGCACCAACCAAAGCCUCUCAGGAUGUCAUCAUCCCUUGCCAAUCCCUGACGGACAAAAAUCGUAUCCUGGCCGCAGUUUGAAUCAUCCCAAAUCUCCUUCUAUCAAAAUCUGAUACGUAACACCUUAUUGUGGCGUCGGUCAAUGGGCCCAGUGACACACCAGCUACAUGAAGCUGGCAUCGACUACAGAUGGACAAUUUCCAGUGCCCUAACAGUAAACAAAGAGGGCACUAACUUGAAUCACCUAUUUGACUCAGGCAUCCUAUUAUGCCUUCGUACCCUACUCAACAAAUGCACUGUCAUGUCUUUUUUAGUUUCUCACUAUUUUCCUUUUUAGUUUUUAAGUUGUUUCACGCAUAAAAAUCCCUGCCGCUCACUAGAUGGACACAAAACCUACUCUCACACGGUUUCACAAACCACAGUGAGGGCUCUUAACAGCUGAGAGAGACACAAACUUUUUAACACACAGUCCCUCCCCUCUUUAUGGUUAGGUGUCGAGUCCUUAUGGUACUUCAUCACACACAGGUCCCAGACACCCUCAACAUGGUUCACGAACCGAAGCAUGACACCGAACGCAAGCAAGCAUCUUCUUUACACUCACUCGACUGGGUUGACACCUUCACCGACCACCUAA